ACACCUGCCCAUAUAAAGACGCCCAGAGUGUAUCGCUAUACUGAGAUUAAAUCUCGAGAGUACCUGUCCAAGUCAUGGCGCACGAACAUCCUACAAACGGCGUGAACGGUAACGGUCACGUUGCCUCAGACAUUGCCUCCACAUUCCAGCGCCAGGGAUAUUACUUUGCCAAAGGUGUCUUUUCGCCCGAAGAGCUGGCAGACCUCGAGGUCGAUUUCGACCGGAUCGUACAGCAGAUCUCCAGCGCCAAUGAGGACAUCAAUGCGACGUGGACUGGACCAGAGAUGAAGCGGUUAGGCGGGAAUGACAAGGUUGUCCUUCAUACCCAUAAUGUUCAACAAUACUCUGCUCACUGGAUGAAAGCAUUCUAUCAUCCGAAAUUCCUCCAGGUCUCCAAAGCCAUAUUAGGAGAAGACAUCGUCUUACAUCAUUCCAAACUUUUCCAGAAACCUUCCGAGAAGGGUGCACCGUUCCCCAUGCACCAAGACUGGACGUAUUUCCCUACGAUCAAAGACUCCAUGAUAGCUGCGAUCAUUCAUGUCUCGGAAGCAACGGAUGAGAUGGGCUGUCUACGCGUCAUCCCUGGCUCUAACGAGAUUGGAAGAAUGUCAAACACAAGUGGACAAGAUCAGAACGACUACCUCGCCGCUCACCCCAUCGAAUCAGCCACACCACUGCCUGCUCAACCUGGAGACGUCCUCUUCUUCCACUACUUUACACUUCACGGAUCGAUGCCGAAUCGUUCGGACAAGAUCAGGAAGACAGUACUGCUGCAGAUGUACAGUGGAGAUGAUGAGGUGGAAGCUGGGAAUCCGCACCCAAACGAGAGGCUGGUGUUAUCAGGAUUCAACAGUAAGGCCACUAGGUCCAUAGUCAAUUCCCACUAGGUCAGGUCGGAUCAGUGCCAGGAAUGGACGGCUUUCAUACUUUCUCCAGCUCAUCGUCUUUGGACAUGCGAGUUACAGUAGAAGUGGAUGAUAGGAUUGAACCAAUAUGCGGGGCAGCUUCUUCACGUGUCUUCCCUCC